AUGAGAGGAAAGCCACUACCCGGUUCUCAUCUGAAGCUGGUGUUUCAUUUGAAGGAGCCUGUCGUGUCGGAAGAAGGGAUUGAUAUUGUCAUCGUGCCCGCCGCAUUCUCUCAAUUCAAAAUUGCAGAGAGACGCGAAACAUGUUCGUGGCUCAAGCCCCUUGUUGCGGCUACGACGAACGAUACUCGGGUGCUGUACUUCGCAUACGACCUAGAAUUGGAUGGCACUGACAUUAAGAAACUUCAACAAGAGACCAACACCCAACAACGGCCCGUGCUGUUCAUAUGUCACAGCCUUGGUGGUUUGAUCCUGAAACAGGCUCUCUGGAUCGCGCACCAACAUACACCAGACGCCGAGACCCCGACUCUUGAAGAUGUAACUUCUGGGAUUCUAUUCCUCGGCAGCCCACACACCACGUCGAAAGACGAUAAGAAUUGGGAGAAUCGGAAAUGGAUCUUGAAGUCUACACGAAAAGAUGUUCCGAAGCAAUCGCUCACGGACGAAGAUAUUGGGCAUAUAGGCGAAGUGUGCCAGCAUUUCGAAAAGCUAGAUUUGCACAUACGCGUCAUUUCAGUCUUUGAAGCAAACAAGAGCAAAGUUCGGGAUAGCCUCUUGAAGUUCAUUCGAAGUGACACGAAUCGUCAAAUUCUUUUCGAUCAACAAUUGUGCCAAACAGGUUCGCGAUACGAGGAAACAUUCGAGGUCGACGCAGACCAUAACAGCAUGUGGCUCGUCAAAGUAGACAGUCACUUUUACAAUCGUCUCGUGAAGCUCUUCCGGUCUGUUACAGAAGAAGCGCCCGGAGAUGUCGCUUUAUUGUGCAAUAAGCCGGUGUUCAACGACUCUCUGACGCUGCACUCGGAGCCGAUUAACCGCUCUUCCGAGAACAACAUAAACAGUAGGCACACUAGCCCAAAUCUAUAUGAUGAGACAUAGAUUCUAAUGGAC